AUGGCAAUUCCUCAUGGCCAACCAGUGAAGUUAAGAGCAAAUCACCUAAAUCAGUUAAUUGGUGAUGAAGCUGCCCAAUUUAGUACAUAUUUGGGCACUUUGAUUAGGAGCCAAAAAAUGAUGCCACUUAACUAUGAAGAUUGGAGAUAUGUUCCAGAACACUAUAAGGAACAACUUUGGAACCAUAUCCAGUAUAAAUAUGAAAUACCAAUUCAAUGUCAGAAACAUGUACGCCAACAAAUUAGUGGCAUAUGGCGGGCGUUCAAAAAAGAAUUGAAGAAACAAACAAUUAAGAAAUAUGGGUGUCUUGAAAAUUCUCAACCAGAUGAUAGGGUCCCAGCAGAUCAGUGGCGUGAUCUUGUAGCAAUAUGGACAUUUGCGAAAAAGAAGGCAAUUAGUGAAAAAAACAAAGAUAACAGAAAACUCCAGGUUAUGAAUCAUAGUUCUGGGAGGAUGAGUUAUGCAAGGGUGGGAGAGAAGCUGAGUAAGGAGCAUCCCACUGGGAAAUGGCCAGGCAGGGUAAAAGUAUUUUUAAUCACGCAUAAAAAAAGGGGAACUAACCAACCUACAGAUGAGAGAUCUAGAAUUGUUAUGGCCAAAAUGAAGCAAAAGCAGAGUGAGUUGCCUCCAGAGUUGAGAGAUAAUAGUGAUGAAGAGGACAAUAUCUAUAGAGAAGCUUGUGGCGAGGAAGGCCAUGGACGUGUGCGUGGUAUUGGGCUUGGUCACAAUUGGCUGAAAGGGAAAGGAAGUGGCAAGAAGAGAUGA